UGAAUAUAAUUUUAUAUUAUAUUUAAUUUAAAUCAAUAUAGAGUCAAAUGGAACGCCUCCAAAACAGGACUCAGUACACAAUUUUUCUCACAACCCGCCGGUCCAAAAUGGUUGCUGCUUUCUACUGCCGUGAAUCAUUACUGCGUUGAAUCGUGACUUUUCUCCUACUUGCAACUAGCAAAGCUAGCUAGCCACUAGCCAGUCCACGGGUCCCCGCUCGUACGCACACUUGGCCAUGUGCCAAUCCACGCACUCAUCUCCGUUAACGCACUGCGUACCACUAGCAGCUUUUCCGAGUCGUCAUCAUCAUGACAUCAAUUGCAGCGGAUUGAAAAGCAGGAGCUGCCUGAGGGAAGGUCCAUGGAUCCACCGCUAAAGCUAUUUUUCAGCGCAGCCUCUCUCAUCCCGGCCCCUCUCUCCUUCCUUGCCGUCUUCCUCCUCACCUUUCUUCUCUACACCAUCAACUCCUCCCAUCUGGGCCAUCUCCAUAGUCGCCUCUUUGCUACGGCAGCGGCGGCGGCAGCUUCAUCUGCAGAUAUUAUUAUGGAAGUAGGUGGUGGCGGCGGCGGCGCUUUUGAGUACUGCUCCUCACCAUCUUCCGGUGGCACCACUCCCUACCUGGUGCUGGUCAGAGCGGCGUCUCUCAUUCCCCGCUCCCACUACUACUUUGCCCUCUCCUUCCUCCUCCUCAUCUUCCUCUAUAGUUUCUUUGAGCUUCAUCUUCUUUGGGAUCUCUUCACCGGCUUUCGAGGUGGUUCCGUCUCUUUCACCUUCCAUCCGUCCUCUGAACUCUACCACUCUGUUGUUUCUCAGUGCAAGGUUCUCCAUGGAAGGUAUGUGUCAACUCCAUGGCUAGCGAGUCCUCAUCUUCAGACGGCGUUUCAGGGCAUCUUUGGCAGAGCUCCUGCGUUCACCUAUAAAAGAGAGCUGUUUCGAGCGCCUGACGGAGGAAUGAUCGCUUUGGAUUGGCUCAGAAUUUCUGAUGGUGUUGCAGUCGCAGAAAGUGCCAUUCAGAGAGAUGAUAAAAGCACCCCCAUUGUAAUAGUGAUCCCUGGGGUUGCAAGCGACUCCUCCUGUGCUUACGUAAAGCACAUUGCCUACCAAAUUGCAAAACGUGGUUGGAAUGUUUGUGUGAGCAAUCAUCGAGGGUUUGGUGGUGUCCCAAUAACUUCUGAUUGCUUUGGCAAUGCUGGAUGGACGAAAGAUCUACGCAAAAUUGUCAACUCUAUUCAUUGCAAAUAUCCUGAAACUCCUCUGUAUGCUGUUGGAACUAGCAUUGGUGCCAAUAUUCUGGUAAAAUAUCUUGGAGAGGAUGGGGUUGAUGUUCCACUUAUUGGUGCUGCAGCCAUCUGCUGUCCUUGGGACCUUUUGGUUGGUAAUAGGUUCUUACACCGUCGGUUUGUUCAGAAAUUCUAUGACAUAGCCAUAACAUUUGCCCUCAAAAGUCAUGCACAACAGUUCAAGUCAAUCUAUUCCCGUCUUGCAAAUUGGGAAGGCAUCAUGAAGGCACACUCCUUGCGAGACUUUGACUACCAUGCAACAUGUCCUAUUGGAAAUAUUAGGACUGUGGAUACAUAUUAUAGGCAUUCCAGCAGUGUAAAUUUUGUGGGAAAUGUCGCUGUGCCGCUCCUCUGUCUCAACACAUUGGAUGAUCCAGUUUGUACAUCAGAAGCCAUCCCAUGGGAUGAAUGCAGGGAAAAUAAAAACAUUGUCCUAGUCACAACACAACAUGGAGGACAUGUAGCACAUUAUGAAGGACUAACAGCCAAAAGCAUGUGGUGGGUGAGGGCUACUGAUGAAUUCCUCCGUGUUAUACACUCUAGCCAAAUGAGUUGCAGAAAAAAGGAGGGUAGAUCAAGUGGCGUCAAAUCCAAAGAAGAGAAUGGGCAAGUCAACCGCGAAUAAAUAGCCAAUCAACCGCAUUACGAUGCAACUUUUCUCCUUGAAUUUGGGCUUAUUAUUUAUUUAUUUAUUUUGUUAUAAUCAUCGAGACCUUACUAAAUUGGGUUAAAAAUGAAUAUCGACAAUUGCCCCUAUUUUACUAAUAUUUUAGAAUAAAAAUUUUAGAGAAAGACAAAGAUGACAUUUUUUGACCACUCUUUGAAGAAAUAUAUGUAUGCAGCUACCCUAUUUUGUCCCACGCAUUACCUGAGUUGGACCUCUAUUAUUGCUAUCAAAUCUUUCUAUGAAUUUCUUCACUUGCCCC